GUAUCUUACUCUAUAGGUGGGCCUGUUAAUGGGAUCACUGUGAAGUAAAGUAUUAUUUGUUUUGAGUAAAGGUAUCAGGAUCUGACCCUUAGAAUUAGUGUUAUUUCUCAUUGGACGAGUACAGCCCCAGUUUAGUGCUAUGUAACCCAAAACAGACUUUGAAAUACCAUUCCCUUUCUUAACUAAAGAUUUAAUGAUUGUAUUCUUUACCAUUUCUGUAAACUCAGGAGUUUUGUUCACUGAGAUGGGAUGUUUUUCCAUCUGGAAAAAUACAGCCUCAAAAAUUAUGUAACAAAUAAAGGCAGUGCUAAUAAGUGCAACUAGGAGCAAAAAGUAUGUUUAUUUCUUGUGAAAAAUAACUCAAAUUGGCUGAUGAAACAUUCAUAGAGUAUGUGGAUACUCUGCAAAAAUACUUUUACUGAAACCUGUUUGCUGAGUUUUUAUCUUCAUACUCUGAAGACAGAACAAAAAAAUCUAGUCUGUCUUAGAAAUAUGAACCAUAGCAGAACACAGCUGUAGUAAUGCCAUAAAUAGUAAGUGCUAAUGUACAAUGAAAGUAUUGGACAACAUUUGGGCUAAGAUGUAUUUCAUUUUCCACAAACAGCACUGCAAUUUUAAUGGAAAUAGCUGCUGAAGAAGCUGUUGUGCUCUGUUCAGAGUACAACGUUAAAGGUCAAGUACAGUUCAGAACCAAAGCUUAUCUGUUCAAAUUGAAUAUGUCACGAUUUCCGUUUCCCUCCUUAAAAAAAAAAAUCCAAGUCCCCCGGCGCUCAGCCGCAGCCCGAGCCGCCCAGGCGAGCCCCGCUCCGCUCCCGGCCAUGGACCUGCCCGCUUCGGAGGAGCCCGAUGCCCCCGCGCCUCCGCCUGGGCUUCGCGCGCUCCUGCCCUCGAGGGAGUUCCUCUGCUCCAGCAAAGGGCAGCUCCUGCUCGCCGAGUCGGUGCUGUCAUUUAUCACCUUUAUCUGUUAUAUUGCAUCUUCGGCUGCAUCUUUCAUGAUGGCACCACUCAUAGAAUUUCUGCUGGCGCUGUUUCUUUUCUUUGCAUACUCCUCUAAGCUUAAUGAGAAGUUUAAAGGAAUCUACUGGCCUUUGACGGAUUUCUUGCGCUGUGUCACUGCCGCCAUUAUAUAUUUUGCCAUCUCAAUCGCUGCAGUCUCAAAAUAUUCUGAUGGAGCAUCGAAAGCAGCUGGAGUAUUUGGCUUUAUAGCCACAAUAGUGUUUGCUGUUGAUUUCUACAUUACCUUUAAUGACCUGGUCAUGUUUCUCAAACAAGGCGGUUCCGAAAAUGAAACUGAAGCACAAAAGUCAGAAGAUGAGGCCUCUGAUUCGGAUUCGGACUGAAGAACAGCGCACCUACCGAUUGUGAAGUCAAAGGGAAGAGAUGACCUAUCUCUUUCCUAUUUGCUAACUGCACUGCCAGUUGAAAUGUUUCCCUUUCUUGUUUUGGUCUCAGUCACGAGUAUAUUCUCUCUCUUUUUCCAUCACAGUCACGAAAACCAGUGACACAGUGAUAUGGGGAAAAGACUAUUUCAGUGUCACAGAACAUUUCUUUGGAAACUGGCCAUUUUGUAGGUGUGCAACCUUGUACCUAGAUACAUCUAUGUCUGAACGUGAAUCUUAAUUCUGCAUGGCCCUCCCUUGUUCAGUGCACUACAAAGUACUGAGUAACAGGAACUUCUUAUUUCAAACUUAUAACAGACUUAUCUUUUAAUACGCUUUCUUUAUUUCAAACUUUCCACUAGAUUUCCGAGUCUGAGCUUUCUUACUACAUUUUUUCCAGAUUAAGAAGCCAACAGUAUUCCUUUAGAUAAAGUCUCACUACCUCUACUAGCUAAAGCAUUUGAAGGGACAGGUUAUAUUGGAUGUGUAGGUUUCAGAAUGCAUUUAACUAUAUGUCUGCUGCCUAUGUGUGACCAUGAAAAUGGCAGCUGGAAACCUGCAACAUGAGCAAAUCUGAAAAUGCCUCAGGUUAGCUAGUUUAGUGGACAUUCAGUUUUCUGUCAUUUUGUAAGAUUUUCUGAGGAGAAAUCAACUUCUUUCUAAUCUGCUUCUGUGGGGGCACAUCACGCCCUUCAAAUUUUAUGGCAAAGAUGAGGCUGAGCAUGAGAGACAUAGUUUUAACCUUCCCUUCCUACCACCACUGCAGAAGCCUCUACAUGUAGCCUGCAUGUUUAGCUCCAGUUUUGGGGGCAUGGUCAGAUGGGCCUGGCUCAGAGCCAUCCACAUGACGUUUCCUACCCCAUCAAGCCUGUAAGGAUUUCUGCACAAGAGCCCACUGCUCUAUGCUUUUCAUAUUUCUUGCUCUCUGCUUUUAACAUCAGUCCUCCAGUCAAUAGUGUUUAGCCCAGGUAGGGAAACACAGGGCUUACAGCUCCUGAUAGUCAGGCUGCCACAGAUAAUGGAGGAAAUAACAUGGAGACAAAGAUGAAGUGAGCUGUAGCUCACGAAAGCUUAUGCUCAAAUAAAUUUGUUAGUCUCUAAGGUGCCACAAGUCCUCCUGUUCUUUUUGCGGAUACAGACUAACACGGCUGCUACUCUGAAAAGGCUUCUGCAAAUCUCACCUUAUCUAUGCUUUUGUGGUAUAGAAGGGCCAUUCCCCUGUAGAGAGCCUCCUGACAGAAAUCUCAGUGCAGCAAAUCGCACUUUCCCAGCCCUCUCUGGUUUUUCUGAGAGGGCAGAUUUGUCCCUUGGUGUGGGGUUUUUAGGAAAAACGCCUGCAUUUCAAAGGCGUUAGAGAGAGGGUAACAUAACCUAUCUGCAGUAGUCACACCUUCUGACAUAUACAUCCCAAACAAUAACUUAGUUAAAAGAAUGGCAAACUCCAUGUACAGCAUUUGAUAUGCUUAUUUCAAAGAAACUCAUAUGUUAAACAAGUAUUUCAUAUAGGCACAGGACUGGUGGCUUUUCUUCUUUUCUCUCUUUUUUUUUUUUUUUU